AAUAGGUAAAGAAGAAAUUGGUAAAAAAGUCCCCCGAUGGUCAUACAAAUUAAUAACUGAAUUGGAACAAAUAUCGUAUUUUACAAAUCCACCAGAUGAUCAUGAUAUUCGUUCAAGAAAAGGGAUCAGUGUAUUAAUUUUUGAAGAACCUAAGACUCUCAAAGAUAAGACUACAAACAAAGAUAAGAAUACAAAAGAUACAAAUAUUCAAGCUAUAAAAUCCGACGAUAAUGAGAAAGAUAAAAAUAUUAAAAAGAAAAAGGAAGAUGAGGAUAAUAAGCUUUUUUUAUUACGAUAUCCGCACCAAUCUGAUUUUCGCCAAGGCUUAAUAAAAGACUCUAUGCGAACUCAAAGACGUAAAAUAGUUAUUGAGGGACUUUUUAAAGCAAAUGCGCAUUCCCCUCUUUUUUUUGACAGGAUGAGGAAAAAAACCUUUUUUUCUCUACCAUACCUGGCUCAACUGAAACGGCUUUUUAGAAAAUGGUCAUCCAUAAAAGAGUUUGGGAUUUUAGAAUCUACAGAGGAAAAAAAAAUAAUAAUAAAAAGAGAAACCAAAAAGGAAAAAAAACGACGAGAGGAAAUAGAACGGUUAGAGAUAGGGGAAGCCUGGGAGACUUUUCCAUAUACCCAAAUAAUAAGAGGUUUUUUAUUAAUAACCCAAUCAAUUCUCAGAAAAAAGAUUCUAUUACCUUCAUUCAUAAUCGGUAAAAAUAUCGGGCGUAUGCUACUAUUUCAAACUCCUGAAUGGUCUGAAGAUUUAAAGGGAUGGAAUAGAGAAACGCAUGUGAAGUGUACUUAUAAUGGUAUUCCGUUAGCUGACAAAAAAUUUCCGGAAAAUUGGUUGACAGAAGGUAUUCAAAUCAAAAUUUUAUUUCCUUUCUGUCUCAAACCUUGGCACGAAUAUAAAUCGCUAAAUUCUCGUGAUGACUUUUGUUUUUUAACAGUUUGGGGAAGGGAAACAGAACACCCUUUUGGUCAUCCACGACAAAAACCUUCGUUUUUUAAGCCUGUUUUUAAGGAACUUUACAAAUUUGUAAAAGUAAAAAUUAAAUUUUUAAAAAAGUUUUCAAAAAAAAAACACAAGUUCAAAAGAAACAAGAACAAUACACCCGAGUGUAAUAAAAAAAUGAAAAAGAUGAUCUAAUAAAUAACCAGAUAAUGAAUCAACCCUUGAGUAAAAUUGAAAAAAUUACAGAUUGGAAAAAUUAUUCACCGAUAGACAAAAUGCAGGCUAUCACUCAUAGGACAAGUACAAUUAAAAAAAAACUAGAAAGAAUUACGGAAGAUAAGAAAAGGGUCACUCUAGAACUUGAUAUGAACCCUUACAAAAAAAGUUCGAG